CUCUCACCACCUCCUCAACAGUUCUCAAUUUUAGGAGCAAAAGUUGUGCUCGCCACACCAAAUGAGAAGCCCCAGCCGGUCGAGGCACUGGCCUCGACUCUUCCAUGCAUUGGCUCUUUGCCUUAUUGCCACCGGCGUAUCCGCCGACUAUGAGCCUUAUAUCUACGCGUCUCCCCCGCCCCCAGUGUGGAAACACGUAGAUUCUCCUCCUUAUAUCUACAAGUCUCCGCCGCCGCCGAAACACGAAGAGCAUCCACCUUAUCUCUAUAAAUCUCCGCCACCACCCUCACCUUCCCCGCCUCCGCCUUAUAUCUAUAAGUCCCCACCGCCUCCUUCUCCUUCACCACCUCCUCCUUAUGUGUACAAGUCGCCUCCGCCGCCAUCACCGUCUCCUCCACCUCCAUAUAUUUACAAAUCGCCUCCUCCACCAUCGCCCUCACCUCCGCCUCCGUAUGUUUACAAGUCUCCGCCGCCACCUUCUCCUUCCCCACCUCCUCCAUACGUGUACAAGUCUCCUCCACCACCUUCGCCAUCUCCUCCACCUCCAUAUGUUUACAAGUCCCCACCUCCGCCUUCUUCUUCGCCACCCCCUCCAUAUGUGUACAAAUCACCUCCACCACCAUCUCCAUCUCCACUGCCUCCAUAUGUUUACAAGUCUCCACCACCACCUUCUCCAUCACCCCCUCCUCCUUACGUCUAUAAAUCACCACCGCCUCCCUCACCAUCUCCACCACCACCUUAUGUUUACAAAUCUCCCCCACCGCCUUCUCCUUCACCACCUCCACCAUACAUUUAUAAAUCACCUCCACCACCAUCACCAUCUCCCCCACCCCCGUAUGUCUAUAAGUCUCCUCCACCGCCAUCGCCCUCACCGCCUCCUCCGUAUGUGUACAAAUCUCCUCCACCACCAUCACCAUCUCCCCCCACCCCGUAUGUUUAUAAGUCUCCUCCACCGCCAUCCCCUUCACCACCUCCUCCUUACAUGUACAAGUCACCACCACCACCAUCACCGUCGCCUCCACCUCCCUAUGUCUACAAGUCCCCGCCACCACCGUCACCUUCCCCACCUCCUCCUUAUGUGUAUAAGUCACCGUCACCCUCCCCUCCACCUCCCUAUGUCUACAAGUCACCACCUCCACCUUCACCAUCACCACCACCACCUUAUGUUUACAAGUCACCACCACCUCCAGUAAAGUCACCACCUCCCCCAUACUACUAUAAGUCUCCACCUCCACCUUCUCCAUCACCACCACCUCCUUAUAUUUAUAAGUCCCCGCCGCCACCAAUGAAGUCUCCCCCUCCUCCAUACUACUAUAAAUCUCCACCUCCACCUUCCCCAUCACCACCGCCUCCAUAUAUCUAUAAGUCACCCCCACCUCCAGUGAAGUCACCCCCUCCCCCAUACUACUACAAGUCCCCGCCUCCACCCUCGCCAUCACCACCACCUCCUUAUAUCUACAAGUCACCACCACCUCCGGUAAAAUCACCACCUCCUCCCUAUUACUACAAAUCUCCCCCUCCACCUUCUCCAUCACCACCCCCGCCUUAUGUUUACAGCUCACCACCACCUCCGGUAAAGUCACCUCCUCCUCCGUACUACUAUAACUCGCCACCACCACCUUCACACUCCCCACCUCCUCCUCAAUACUAUUACAAAUCUCCUCCGCCUCCCAAGGGCUACUAUUAAGCGGCCAUUGAUCCCCUCCAAGUGCUCAAGAAGCUGCAGCAAGAAUAAUACCGUUCUUUGGCGAUACGCUUUACAUGGAAGCAAUUAUUUUUCAUUCUUAUACACAUGUACUUUUCAUUUUCAUAAGUCCCGAGUGACAAUGAUUGUAUGAUUACUUCGAGCAACGAAAGCAUGUAUGAAUUCAGUUUUUAUCAA